GCACUGGUCAGACUGGUCACAGAGGUCAGACUGGUCAGAGUGGUCAGACUGGUCAGAGUGGUCAGACUGGUCAGACUGGUCAGACUGGUCAGUGGAGCUGCCCCCUGCAGCAGGGCUGGCUGGAACAGGCUGUGGCUCCUCAGGGAUCAGGGAGCUCUCACAGGGCAGGGCUGGGCUGGGACAGGGCGAGCUCUCCCCAGUUCAGACCCAUUCCCUGUGGGCUUGGUGGGAUUUGGUGACUGAUUUUAAGCACAGACAUUUUCUGCUGAGCUCUGCCAGGCUGGGGCAGUGCCAGGAAAACAAACAAAACCCAGGGAGAAGCUGUUAAAUCAGUUGUGUAGGAGCAGUGGAGGUGGCAGAGGAGGAAAGCUUUAGCAGAGAUGGUCCUGCCUGGGCUUCAUUCCUGGGGGAGCUUCCAGAGUGUGGCUCUGGGUCCUGUCAGGGCACUGCUGGGGAUGUGGGCACAGCUCAGGGCCUGGGCAGGGCUCUCCCAACCCUGGGGCUUCCCGGGAAUGGGAGGGAUUCUGUGUGAUCCCUGCUGUUCCCCAGGCUGGGAGGGACUGUGGAGCAUCAAAUCAUCAAAUCCCACAGGGGUUUGGGUUGGGAGGGACCCCAGAGCCCCUCCAGUGCCACCCCUGCCAUGGCAGGGACACCUCCCACUGUCCCAGUGUCCAGCCUGGCCCUGGGCACUGCCAGGGAUCCAGGGGCAGCCCCAGCUGCUCUGGGCACCCUGUGCCAGGGCCUGCCCACCCUGCCAGGGAACAAUUCCUGCCCCAAAUCCCAUCCAGCCCUGCCCUCUGGCACUGGGAGCCAUUCCCUGGCUCCUGGCCCUCCAGCCCUUGUCCCCAGUCCCUCUCCAGCUCUCCUGGAGCCCCUUUGGGCCCUGGUGGGGCUCUGGGGUACCCCUGGAGCCUCCUUUUCUCCAGGCUGAGCCCCUUUCCCAGCUCCCUCAGCCUCUCCUGGGGCUCCAGCCCCUUCCCAGCUCCGUUCCCUGCCCUGGACACGCUCCAGCCCCUCCAGGGCUCUCCCGUCAGGAGGGGCCCAGAGCUGUCCCCAGCACUGGAGGUGCCCCAGCAGUGCCAGCACAGGGGACGGGCACUGCCCUGGCCCUGCUGCCACCCCAGAGCUGGCACAGCCCAGGGCCAGUGGCCUCUUGGCCAGCUGGGCUUUGGGAGGGGAGGAAUUCCUGCUCAGGGCUGUGCUGGUCCCAGUGUCACUCCCAGCAGGGUGGCAGAGGCUGUGUCCCUCCUGUCCCUGCCUGGGGACACAGCACCUGCCUGGCCUCGCUCCUGUCUGCAGCAGAGUGGCUUAAAAACCAAACAAGAACCCCUCCAACACUGGUGAAAAGAUGGAUCUGUCUCCACUCCUGGCUGGGAUGGGAGAGCUGCCCCCUUCCCAGGGGGAAUUGCACAAUUGAUUUCCAUUUGUUGCCCCACAGACCUCGGCCCAGUACAACACGGGUUCUUUUUUGGGAAAAAAAAACCUCAGCACAACUUGGAAUCCUUCUGGAGCCCAUCCUCAGCUGACCCCAAACCUGCUCUGGGGCUCACCCAGAGCCUGCAAGCUCUGGGGCUGCUUUGAUGUUUACCAGAGCAAUCUUGGCCAGCCAGGGCGUUCAUGUUUGCUUUUUCCUGGGAUUCCAGGGGCUGCUUUCCCUGAUGCUCUCUGUGGCAGCUGCAGGUGGAGCUCCCAUGGGGCUCAGGAGGUGGCUCAGGAGGUGGCUCUGGAGGUGGCUCUGGAGCUCUGGAGCUCUGGCUGUGGGCUGGGGAGGCUGGGCUGGCUCUCACAUCGUGUCUCUGCAGUGGGACAUCCCC